UUUUACUAGUGAGCAUUACUGUUCGGUUUUUGUUGCUGGGAAUAUCAGAAUGGAUGAAAGAGAAUGCUAGAGUUUGUGCAGGAGGUCAGUGUACUUGAUUUGGAUAGAAAAUUUUCAUUUUUUCUCCUGCAUACUUUGGAAUCUUUUUGGUGCCUGGCAACGUUUAGAGCUCGGUUUAAGUGAAAAUGACAUGGUUUGCGUGGUAACGCACAUUGUAGUAAGUUCAAUUGAAAGAGAUGGAGGUGAUUGCUUUGCGUAUGGUUGGAAAGUGGUCUGCUCUUGGUGUGGAGUUUCUUGGAGGUUUCUAGAGGAUCAUCCGUGGUUGUGUUAGUUUUUGGAUAGUGUUGCAGGGUGAUGCUUAUUGAUCACUUUUUAGUUUGUCUCUUGCAUUCUCUUCUCUGCACUUUUUGUCUACUCGCGAGGAAGCAAUGUCGGAGUCGCGAAUGGGAAGUGCAAUCUAGUCAUAUCAACGCCACUAGGUCACUCAGUUCUAAAUUUAGAAAAUCAAUGCAAGUCUUUGACGUCGAGUGUGCAAGCUUUAACGCUUUCACUUGGUUUUGACGUUGACGGUUUGAAUGAUUUUGAAAAGCACAGUUUUUAAAGACAAGGAAUCAAAUUUGGCUCACGGUCAGGUGGCUUGUAAGAUAUAGAGAGAGAGGCUACAGAGUUAAUAUUUGAAGUUCGUACUCAGAUGUCUCACCAGAGACGAUGUUCAGCAUUUCCAAGGAUAGUUCGAAUAAUUCAGUACCCAAGCAUUUAUCUACCUUGGAAUGGAACACCUAGUUUUCAAGUCGGAUCAAACAUUCAGUAGACUCAAUGUCGACGACUACUGCACUGCAGCGAAUGAUGGCGGAAAGUCAGCGUAACGGUACCAGCCGCGUAUCCAAGGGGACAACCAAGCCUCCAUACGCAGCAAGCAAGCGGACGAAGUACAGUAAUUUAACGUGCCCAAUAACUCGUUCUAAUUGCUCUAAUACAGAAGUAUCGUCGAAGAAGAUGGCGCGCAUUUCAUCGCAUUUGUAUUCUAGACCAUCCUCAAUCAUUCUCCGAAUCAAGCAACACCCCCUUUCACUUGAGGUCCAUCUCCCUGAACAGAGCCUUCCAAGUUCUUCAGCAACAGAUUCCUCGGAUUCAGACAACAGCCAUGGUGGGGCGACGCGAUCAUCCAGCACAGUGAAUAAGAAAACAUUUGAUGAUGAUUCUGAUGCUGAGAGCUCCUAUAAUGCUGACGGGGAGGUAUCAUGCGUGAUCGACUCUUUUGCUGAGCUGGAGAACGCAAACGCAUUUGAAAAUCGUUCUAUUUUGAUCCAUCGCAUGGCUGAGGUUGCAUUGAACAUAAAAUUAGGACCUACUGGACUGUAUCUGGCCGUUCAACUUCUAGACUUGUACUGGAACCACCACCGUGAAAAAGGCAAGCUUUUGGAUUCUGUACAGCUACAAGUACUUGCAGUCACUUGCGUCUAUGUCGCAAACAACUGCUUCUGUAGCAGCAAAAGGGCCCCAGACGACUUUUGCCUUCUUGCAGGUGUAGGGGAAGGAACUGUGAAAGGAUGCAUGAUAGAGAAACAAGAAGCAUCUCUUAUUGCCUUGCUGGGAGGCCCGCAAGUUGCAGCCACGAUUUCUACUUGGGGGCUUUGGCGCAAGAUGAGACAUCCAUCCAAUCAGCAACAUCUACUUCAGUUUGUAAACUUACUGAAGGGUUCUGAUUUUGGAAAAGCUCACUUCCCACGCGAUCUCAUGCAAGCAUCGCACUUUUCGAGUAGUGCUUCAACUGCAACCGUUGAAGUUUUGUCAACAAAUGCAGCAGCUAAGGUUGUAAAUUCCAUCUUAUCAUCAGCUCAAGGUUGUGCUCCUACUUAAGUGGUGAGAAAGGCCCUUUUUCACAAACCAACCGUGUUUAUGCCAAUGCAUGGAGGUGCAGCCCAAGUUUAAGGGCGAUCAGCGUCGUGUAAAUGAUCGGGGUUUUGGCUUGCCCCUUGUGACUGAACAAUAAGUUGGUAAGUAUAAUAUGCGAGGUGAAAAUCUUAACAGAGAUGCUUAAGAUUUAUCUGAACAAUCCUAACACCAGCAAUAAUAGCAUUGGAAUGAGCCCGAACGUGCUGAAGGGUAGCCAUCACACCUUCAAGGAAUCUGUAAAAUGUUUAGUUGGGCCCCAGAUUUGAUAAUCAGGGAGAAACCAACGUUCACUGACCCUGUUAAGGCUCAAUUGUUAAAAUGCUUAGGUUUGCUGCUCAGUACAUAAGUAGAUGGUUGAUAGCUUUUGGAAUUUAUUAGGGUUCCAUGGAUUGUCGAGGUGAGGUGUGUAGUAUCAAUGCAAGCAAACGUUAGCUCAUGCACAUACGUCAACUGCAAGGAUAUGUUAAAUAAGCGUGAUUUUGCUUGGUCUUGGUGUACUAACUCACAUGGCACCGAAGGGUGGUGUACAGCUUGGAUCACUGUGUAUAAACUUAAUAAAGUGAUUGCUUCAGUUUAAGCUGAAUGUA